AUGUAGAAGACCCAUUUUAAGAACCUUAAAGACUUACUUCAAAAUAAGUAUGCUUAUUAAGAAGCCAAAUCUAAUUCUCGUACUUCCUCAAUUGCUGAAGUUUUAUAGAAUAUCAAGAAAAAUAAGGAUUCAACUCCUGUCUCCAUUAUGAAGGAAGAAAUCAUCAAUUUUACUAAGGCUAUAGGUUUUGGAGUUUAGGCUCCAACCUCUAAAUCAAAAUCUAAAGAAAAAUAAGCAUUACCAAAGAGCAUUGAGAAGUAAUCAUAUAAUUUUUGAUUUUAGAAAACCUAUACUAAGCAACCUAGGCCCAUAAUCAAAGGGAAAUAGUCGAAACAAUAGUUCUUAGAGUAGGAAUACUUCGGCUCAUUCCAUCAUAAAUGAAAAGUAACUUCAAUAAUUAUCAUAGUACAAAUCGAUCAAUUGCUAGGGAUCCAAAAAUACCAAAAGGAUUUUAAACAGGAAGAUUAAGAGAAAGAUAAGAGAUGAAUUCAAUAGUAGAAUAAUAAAAAAUAAAAAUACUUAAUUAAUCACAAGAUCAAUAAAAAUAAACUCUCAAUAAUAGCAAUGUAAGUAAAUAAGGAACAAUAGAUCUAGUUAACUUAUUAAAAUAACAGCAAAAUCAAAAAUAAUCUUAAACAAAUGAGACAAUAAAUGAAAGUAAAAACUAUGGAGAAGAAUUUUGUGGAUUAAAUAAAGGUCAUUUCAUUUAUAAUUAUGUAAUUGGGAAGGGAGGAUUUGGAAGAGUAUGGAAAGUAGAAUUAAAGAAAAGUAGAUAAAUGUUUGCAAUGAAAGAAAUGAUGAAAUCAAAAAUAAUAGCAAAAAGGAGUAUAAACUCUGUUAUGAAUGAAAAAGAAUUGUUAUCAUCAUUGAGACAUCCUUUUUUAGUUAAUAUGUGUUAUGCAUUUUAAGAUAGAGAUAAUUUAUAUUUAAUAAUGGACCUUUUGACAGGAGGAGAUUUAAGAUUCCAUAUAGGUAAAAUGAAGAGAUUUAAAGAGCAUCAAACAAGUAAUUGUUUAAAAUAAAUUUAGAAUUCUUUAUUGCUUGUAUUGUAAGUGGAUUAGAAUAUCUUCAUAAUAAUAGUAUAAUACAUAGAGAUAUAAAACCAGAAAAUAUAGUUCUUGACAAACGAGUAAUCAUAAAAUUGUAAUUAAGGGUUAUGCUAGAAUAACAGAUCUAGGUAUUGCAAGAAAAGUAAGACCAGAUAAUUAAUAAGAUACAAGUGGUACUCCAGGUUAUAUGGGUAAUUGAAAUGAGAUUAUGGUUUAGCUCCAGAAGUAAUGUGUAGAUAAAAUCAUGGAAUUGCAGUAGAUUAUUUUGCAUUAGGAGUAAUUGCUUAUGAAUUUAUGAUGGGAAAAGUAUAUUAUUUAUAAUCAUAAUAAAAAGAGACCUUAUAAUGGAAAAUCAAGGAAGGAAAUUCGUGAUUAAAUUUUAGCUAAAUAGGCAUCAAUUAAAAAAGAAGAUCUACCAAAUGGUUGGUCAAUUGAAGCUAUGGAUUUUGUAAAUAGAGUAUAAAUAGUUUAUUUAAUCUAAGUUAUUAUAAAGAAAACCAUAAAAUAGGUUAGGAUUUAAUGGUCCUUCUGAAGUUAAAAAUCAUCCCUGGUUAAAAGGUGUGCCUUGGGAUAAAUUAUAUCAUAAAACUAUAGAAGCACCUUAUGUUCCUUUAGUAUUUACUAUUAUAUAAACAAUAGAAUGUAGAAGACAUGUAUAGAUAAUAAAUAUCUGAUGAUGGAGAGGAAUCUUAGGAUGAAUUGAUAAAGGAAAACUAAUUAUUAUUAAGAAAAAAUAGCGUUUAAAGUAUCAAUAUUUAAUUAAACAGAUUUAUUUGCUGGUUAUGGAUAUGAUUGCAAUUAAGAUCCUACUUAUAAAGUUACUAGGAGUACAGCUUCAACACAUAAUACAAGUUAAUAAAAUGAAACAAUCAAAUUUUGA